AUGGAGUUGUGUUCCGAUGAUCUAAAGAAUAUACUUCAAAUGAAACCACAAUUCUUUGGGCGACAAAAUGGAGAACCAAUGGAUUUAUACGAGUACUUCAUUUCGUGUGAACUAUUCCGAGAGAUUUUAGAAUGUGUUCAGUAUUUGCAUGAAUUGGAUCCACAGAUCAUCCACAGAGACCUCAAACCGGAAAACAUAUUGAUUGAUAGGCAUGGGAGGGACGGUAGAUUUGUUAAUUCACGACAAACGUAUAAAUUGGAUCCACAGAUCAUCCACAGAGACCUCAAACCGGAAAACAUAUUGAUUGAUAGGCAUGGGAGGGACGGUAGAUUUGUUAAGUUAUGUGACUUUGGUUUGGCUACAGUUCACGACAAACGUAUGCACGCCCAGACUGGCCACAAACAUACGGCAGAUGUCGGGGAUAUCCACUAUAUGGCACCGGAGUCCAAUACCAUAUUCUACCGAUUCGACCAAUUGUAAUCUACUUAAUGCACGGG